AUGCCACUGAUGGGUGUGCAACCUGUUCCCCCUGACUACAAAGGCCCCCUACCCAUGGGAAGUGUCGGCCUUCUUAUGGGUCGAUCCUCCUUAACCUUAAAGGGACUUAUUGUUCACCCUGGAAUUAUAGGUCAAGAUUACACGGGAGAACUUCAAGUUCUCUGCUCUUGCCCUCAAGGCGUUUUUUCCAUCUCCCCAUGUGACAGGAUUGCUCAGUUGAUUAUUCUUCAAAGCUUACAUGAUCAUUUUCCUUCUUCCGGGGUCUCUAGAGGCACCGCGAAGUUUGGCUCUUCCGGAACUGAUUCUGCUUAUUUAAUGAUGGACCUUAAUUCCAGACCCUCUUUAGAGUUGAAUAUAGAAGGGAAAACUUUUACGGGAAUUCUAAAUACAGGGGCUGAUAAGAGCAUUAUCUCCUCUAGUUGGUGGCCUACGGCAUGGCCUGUCACUCAAUCAUCCCAUUCCUUACAAGGACUAGGGUAUGAGGCCAAAUUUCACUAUCAGCUCAUGCUCCUGAUCUGGCUUGCUCCAGAAGGCCAAUCAGGAAGGUUUACCUAUGUCCUCCCUCUUCCUGUUAACCUUUGGGGGAGGGAUGUCUUACAGAUUAUGAAGAGAAUGGGCUACGAGGUAGGGAAGGGAUUAGGAAAAAAGGAACAAGGAAAAUUAGAACCGGUCCCACAAGAAGGUAAUAUAGGAAGGCAGGGCCUGGGUGUUUCCUAGGUGCCAUUGAGGGUU